AUACGACGGAAGCAAGAUAUCAUCGUGGAUAGUAUCAAGCUGUUACUGGACCGAGCUCCUCCACCUCCACAACUGCCUGAGCCACCCAUCAUAUUCCUGCUCGUACUCCCCGGUACGCCCAGCGCAUCCCUCGCAGAUCACCCAUCAAACACCACCGUCAAUCCUGAACCCGACUUCACUGCAUUGCCCACCUUCAAUACGGAGCCGCUUGCACCUAACACCGUCGACGAUGCGUUUGGCGCCUGGCUAGCCGAUGUGAUGCACGACAGUGUAUUGGGACCCUUCGUCCUGAUCCUGUUGUUCAUUCUCGCGGUCGAGCUGUGGAAGCUGUGCAGGGUGCGGAUCUGCCGCUUUCUUGGGAUACCUACCCACGAAGAGGCGGCACUUCACGGUGGCCCGGGCAAUCCUCACGCGAAUCGCCGGCGCCUUCGAGAGACGCUCGAGACGGAGGCUGAACGAAUUCAUAGUCUGCUCGCAGAGUCACACGAGUUGGAUGGACCAUGACCGCGCGUUUUUAUCAGCCUAAUCCGACUCCGAUUGUCCAUAGUCA